AUGGCCAGCCAAUGGGUUUCUACCAAUCUGGAAGAGGAAGUGACCUGCCCCAUCUGCCUGGACAUUCUGAAGGACCCUGUCACCAUUGAGUGCGGGCACAACUUCUGCCAUUUUUGCACCACUCAGCUUCAGGAAGCUUCUAGGUAUCACAUCAAAUGUCCCCUCUGCAAAAGUUCUAUGAAAAGGGACACAUAUGCACCCAACUGGCUGUUGACAAAUCUGAUACAGAAAAUUCGAGCUAUGGAUCCCUCUGAGAGGCAGCUGAAAGAAAAGGAGCUGAGAUGUCCAAAGCAUGGGGAGAAGCUGCACUAUGUCUGUGAAGCAGAUGGGGAAUUCCUCUGUGUGGUGUGUCAUGACUCAAAGGACCACAAAUUACAUGAAUCCAGACUGAUAGAAGAAGCUGUCGAGCAUCACCAGGAGCAGAUCCAGUUGCAUGUGGGGAUCUUGGAGCAAAAGGAGCAGGAACUUGUACACAUGAAGGCUCAAGUUGACAAGAAGAUCAGCCACUUCAUGGCCCAGGUGAAUAUUGAGAAGCAACGGAUCCACACAGAAUUCAAGCACCUGCAGCAGGUACUGGACGAGAAUAAGAACUUCCUCCUGUCCAACAUCGAGCAUCAGGCUCAACAUGGUGUCAAGGAGUGUGAGCAGUAUAACGCUGACACCCAGGCGCAGCUCAGCUUGCUAAGGGAUCUCAUGGAUACUCUGAAGGCCAAGCAGCAGAUGCCACCCAGACAGCUGCUGCAGGACAUCAGAGGCACCUUGAAAAGGAGUGAAGAGUUUCAGGUUCAGUUUCACAGCAAAACCCCAAUUCCUCUGGGCCUGGAUCAACAACUCAAUGAAGCAAAGUCCAGACAUGACUCCGUGAUUGAGAGCCUGAGGAAGUGUGAAGACCAGCUGCAGGCUGGAAGCAAGAAAGACCACGGCAAGUUCCUUCAAGACAAGAGGACAAUCCUCAGGCAGAGUGCCCCCGUGACCUUCAAUGCGGCCUCUGCCCAUCCUGACCUGAACUUUUCCCAGGAUCUGAAAAUGGUGACAAUGGAUACAUUUCCGCCAAAGUUCUCGGAGGAUCCAGCAGUGCCACAGCGCUUCUUCCCGUCCCGUUGCGUGCUGGGAUCUCCAGGCUUCUCCACCGGCCGCCACACCUGGGAGGUGGAGCGCAGUGGACCCAGGGGCGGGGCCUGUGUAGUGGGUGUGGCGUGGGAGCAGGCCCCUCGGCAGGGCAGCCUGACCCUGGAGCCUGCCAGCGGCUUCUGGGUGCUGCGCUUCAGCAACUUGGAGUGCCAGGCGCUCAUUGGAAGCAACAUAGGGGAGGACUUCCCGGUCCGUCCCAGGAGAGUGGGUGUCUGCGUGGAUUUUGAGGGCAAGGAGGUCAGCUUCUAUGACGCUGAUACCAACGACCACAUCUACACUUUCCAGGCCUCCUUCCCGGGGAAGAUCUUCCCUUUCUUCAGGCUGCUGUUCUCAGGCACCCAGCUUACCCUGAACCCCUAG